GGCGGAGUUGCCAUAAGAAAGUAGCGCAGAAGCAGCGGCAGCGUUAGUCCCAGUAGCGGCGGGCAUGUCUGGCACUCGGGCAUCCAAUGACCGCAGCUCUCACCCCGGGGGGCACAAGAGACCUCGCUACGAUGUGGGGAACAAAGUGACUGUAGUGCUCGGAGCGCAGUGGGGGGAUGAGGGCAAAGGGAAGGUGGUGGAUCUCCUGGCUACCGACUCCGACAUUAUCUGCAGGUGCCAGGGAGGAAAUAAUGCUGGCCAUACUGUGGUGGUAGAAGGAAAAGAAUAUGACUUUCAUCUCUUUCCAAGUGGCAUCAUCAACCCCAAAGCCAUUUCCUUCAUUGGUAAUGGGGUAGUCAUACAUCUGCCAGGCCUCUUUGAAGAAGCAGAUAAAAAUGAAAAGAAAGGUUUAAAAGACUGGGAGAAAAGGCUAAUUAUAUCUGACCGAGCACAUAUUGUAUGUGAUUUCCACCAGGCUGUUGAUGGCCUUCAGGAGGUGCAGCGACAAGCACAAGAGGGGAAAAACAUUGGCACUACAAAAAAAGGAAUUGGACCAACAUAUUCAUCCAAAGCAUCGCGGACUGGCCUCCGAAUUUGUGACCUGCUUUCUGAUUUUGAUGAAUUUUCAGCAAGAUUUAAAAACCUGGCACAUCAGCACCAGUCUAUGUUCUCUAAUCUGGAAGUAGAUAUAGAUGGGCAAUUAAAGAAACUCAAGAUGUAUGCCGAAAAAAUAAGGCCCAUGGUACGGGAUGGAGUUUACUUCAUGUAUGAGGCUCUGCACGGCUCUCCUAAAAAGAUUUUGGUGGAGGGAGCUAAUGCUGCCUUACUUGACAUUGAUUUUGGAACUUACCCUUUUGUGACAUCCUCAAACUGUACAGUAGGCGGAGUCUGCACUGGACUUGGUAUCCCUCCACAAAAUAUUGGGGAUGUUUAUGGUGUGGUUAAGACAUAUUCUACAAGAGUGGGAAUUGGAGCCUUUCCUACUGAACAAAUAAAUGAAAUUGGUAAUCUUCUUCAGACCAGAGGCCACGAAUGGGGAGUCACAACAGGAAGGAAGCGGCGAUGUGGGUGGCUGGACCUGGUUAUUCUACGAUAUGCUCAUAUGAUCAAUGGUUUCACUGCAUUGGCACUAACAAAGUUGGAUAUUUUGGAUGUACUGGAUGAAAUUAAAGUCGGUGUGGCUUACAGGCUAAAUGGAAAGAGAAUUCCAUAUUUUCCAGCAAACCAGGAGAUUUUACAGAAAGUAGAGGUUGAGUACGAGGCCAUGCCUGGUUGGAAGUGUGAUACAACUGGAGCCCGGAAAUGGGAGGAUCUUCCCACAAGAGCACAAAAUUACAUCCGAUUUGUGGAGAACCACAUAGGCGUGCCAGUUAAAUGGGUUGGAGUUGGAAAAUCAAGAGAGUCGAUGAUUGAAUUGUUUUAAAGCACAAUCUCGUGUCUCACAUGCAACUUUGGCACCAUUUCUUAUUGAUUCCAGAACCUGCUGUGCACCUUGACAGAUGCUGUGGUAAAUAAUUAAAACAGUACAGUGGAUGGCUGACUCAGCAUUGCCUCGCUAUAAUAAACCUGCGUAACACAAAUAAAAGGAAAACCAAGAAUAACCUAAA